AUGACGGAUGCAGACGGAAAGCAAGGCGGGUCGCCCGCCACGGCGGAGGACAUCCUGGUCAAGACGUCCUCGAAGGGCGGGAGCGGACGCUGGACGAAGGCGGUGAACAGCGUCAGGACGCUGAACAUCGCCUCUGGGAAGUUCACCACCCUCCGCGACAUGUUUGGGGACCUGGAGCUCCAGUGGCAGCACCUGAGGCCCGUCAAGAAGCUGGGCGAGGGCGGCUUCGGGGUGGUGCAGUGGAUGGUGUACGAGCCCCCGGGCGCGGUGGCCAAGGACCUGGCCGUGAAGCGCCUCCACGCGAACGGCCACCUCGAGGACCGCGCGUUCAAGGACUUCAUCGCGGAGGUGCAGCUCCUGAGGAAGCUGGCCCACCGCAACAUCGUUUCCUUCUGUGGCAUCGGGACGGUGGAGGAGGAGCCGUCCAGGCACGGCUCCGGGCUCGAGCGCACGGAGACCGCGCAGGAGAAGCUACAGCGCGCCAUGUCCGGCGCGGGCGACGUGAAGGAGGCGGGGGAGGUGUUUCUUGCGCAGGAGUUCUGCGCGGGCGGCGCCCUGCGCGACGUGCUGGGGGAGCAGAUGUCGACAUUGAACGGCGUGCUGUACAAGUGGGACACCGGCCUGCGCUGGAUCCUCGACAUCGCGCGGGGUCUGCAGUACUUGCACAACGCCAACCCGCAGGUCAUCCACCGCGACAUGAAGAUGGAAAACGUGCUGCUGACCAACCACCACUACAGCGACCCGUCGUGCCGCGCCAAGAUUGCGGACUUCGGGCUGAGCCGGCUCGUGGAGCAGCGGAACGAGCGCGUCCGGGCGGACCUGAGCAAGUUCGAGGAGCAAGAGAGGAAGAAGCCCACGGACCUCGCGAGCUACCGGCGGUCGAUGACGAUGCGGCAGGCGCAGAUCGUUCCGGGCACCAAGUCCACGAAGGACGUGUACGUCCCGCAGGACCUCACGGGCGGCACGGGGUCGCUCAUGUACAUGGCGCCCGAGGUGCAGCGCGGGGAGAAGUACAACGAGAAGGCGGACGUGUUCAGUUUCGCCAUGAUCAUGUACGAGAUUCUAACCAUCCAGCUGCAAGUGAUCAUGGUGCCGGGCGGGACCCCCGAGGACAUCGAGCGCCACGCGACGCUCGUCGCCGAGGGCUACCGACCCAAGAUCCCCGAGAAGUGGCCCGCGCCGGUGGCGGCGCUGGUGCAGCAGUGCUGGGCAGACAACCCCGCGGACCGCCCGAGCAUGAGCACCGUGGUCGAGAAGCUCGAGGGCAUUCUCCAGUCCGACCUCGCGGCCAAGUACGUCGUGGAGCACCAGAAGCGCAAGCUCGUGCAGUCGAAGAAGGCCAAGGCGGCGGGCGUGCCCGCGGCGGCCGAGGGCGGCGGUGGUGGCAGCGGCGGCGGUUGCUGCGCGGUGAUGUAG